UCGAUACCCUGCUUCAACGACUGUAAUGACGUUCGAUCGUUUUGUCCUUGCUCCUGAUGGGUUGUGGUUAGCCUUAUUUUCUUUUUGGUUGUUUUAUCCAGUGAAUGAGAACGUUUUCGAUUAUAAUAAUAGAUGUAUUUCUGUGAAUUAUUUUGAAGGUGAUAAGAGCCAAAGUGACCACUAGCGAACGCGGCACACAUACGUGUAAACAAGAUGAUAUUGAUAAUAAAAUCUAAUAUAUUUGGAAUUUGUCGUUUCCUGUGGAUUCAUGCAAUGGCAGGAAUCACAAACGUAGUCAGUAAUUUAAAUAAAUAAAUAAAAAAUAGCCACAAAUUGAGAUUAGUGUAUGGGAGGAACUUCCGGUCACAUGUCUACUACAGUAUGAUCAUGUGACCUUUUUUGGUAAAAUGAAAGCUGGUAACGGCCAGCUUGUUUUGAUCAUUUAUUUGUGUUUAUGUCCGAGCCAGCAAUUUAACGAACUGCAGGUUUGUAGUCAGUGUAGCGGGACCGUACUAGAUGGCUCUGCAGUGGGUCUGUUUUGCUCCUCGUCCGCUGGCCGUAUCGCUGGACGCUGCUGCGUGGGGAAUAAAACGAGUGACCCUGAACGCGUCAUCGGGCUGGAUCUCUCCAAUUGUUCCCUAAACCACGUGGGGUAUCUCCAGGAAGCAUCUACAGCUUUAAUAAUAGAUCUCUCACUAAACCCUAUUGUCAACAUCAGUGACUCAGCUUUUCAAGGAUUUAUUGAUUUGAAGAACUUGACUUUGCCUGCAGACAUAGCAUGUCCUGGUGGGAAUACCUCCUGGGAAAAAGUGGAACUUACAAAGGGAAAUCGUCUUUGUGAAGGCCAGAAGAAUAUGUGCAACCAAACAGGGCAGAUGUCCGUCAAUUGCCCGGAGUACUCCCAGUGCGGUCCCUUUGGUCCUGGCUUUGUCGAGUGCCGUUGUGCAGACAACUACCACGGGUACAAGUGUCUCAGAGAAGGAGAAUUCCCGGCCUUGCAGGUAUUUGGGCCUCUGGGUGCAUCCACACUGGUGCUUUCCCUCCUGCUGUGGGUUACGCAGAGACGAAAGGCUAAGUCGUUAUAGCCCAUACUUGCCAACCCUCCCGUUUUUAGCGGGAGAAUCCCGGUAUUCAGCGCCUCUCCCGACAACCUCCCGGCAGAGAUUUUCUCCCAACAAACUCCCGGUAUUCAGCCGGAGCUGGAGGCCACGCCCCCUCCAGCUCAAUGCGGACCUGAGACUGAGUGGGGGAAAGCCUGUUCUCACGUCCGCUUUCCCACAAUAUAAACAGCUUGCCUGCCCAAUGACAUCAUAACAUCUAGGGCUUUUAGAACAGACUUAGAACAGAACUUUGUAGAACAGACUUCUCCAUUGAACACGGUGGCCAAAAUGAUAUACUCAUCAUGAACGGAGAAGUUAAACAGGACAAUACUGCCAUCUAAUGGAUAGCCACCGGAACACUGAAAUUCAAGUAUUUUUAUUUUUUUUCUAUGUAAAUAAAAUAAAUAUAUAUAUAUACAUAUAUAUAUAGCCUAGAAUUCACUGAAAGUCAAGUAUUUCAU